GUCACGUGUUUCAGUGAUUAUCUAAUAGGGCGGUACACCUAGUCAAAAUGGGGGGUGCAUGUAGUCGGUGCCUCUUAUGCUUUGUGAGUCAGCUAAGACUGGCGAGGUGUGUGCGUCACUGGUGCUGCUCUUUCCCGAGCGUAUCGUCCACUGCGAUAACCCCGAAACAGGGACCCUGGCGCGUGGGAAAGUGUGACUGGCGUCUUGUAGGAGGAACAGACAGUGUUUUGCUGGGUUUCCAUGUGUUAUGUCUGCCCAAGGGGCAAUAUGUGAUGAUGACCACUCUCAUUUCAAGGCCAUAGCGCCCCUCUGUUGAAAUUCUAUUGCCAAGAACAAAUAAAUGACCCUGAAAAUGAAGAACAUAUCAUCUGUGUAACUACCAAGGCUAUCACCCCGCAUGUCGUCGGGAAAGCACGAGGCUGUGCCCCGUGGGGGC